UAUCACGGCUGUCGGCUAAAGUUGCUGUGCGUGUUCAUCUGUGGCUGUCGACUAUAGUCGAUGAUCGUACGGAAGUGGUUUAAAAAGGCUAAACUCUACCCUAAAAUCAAAGUCUGGGGUGGGAGGAAAAAAAGUAAAAAGAAGAAAAAGAAAAAAUUCUAUUUAAAAAAAUUAUAAUAAAUAAAUAAAUAAAUAAGCUAAACUCGGGAAAUACAUAGGUAUUCAUGGGCAGGUGGGGAGGCAUAAGGAUGAGGCUCGUAUCCCAGCAACCAGGACUUUUCAGUUUCCGUUCUCGCUCCCGCCCACUCCCCCUCCCGAGCUGCCUGGAACCCACCACCUUCCUGGUUUCCCGCCUUCCUUUCGCUCCCCGGGCAGGCCUCCUUGACCACGCCCGCCACUGAGCCCCGCCCCUGUCUGGACCCGCCUCCUCUUGGACCCGCCUCUCCGAGCCCCGCCCACCCACAGUUUCGGGUUUGCCCUGACCCCGCCCACAGUUCCUCAGGCCCCCUGAGGCGCGAGGACCCGCCUGGGGCUGCCUCCAGCACUGCCUGAAGCGCGACGCCCCCAUCUCGGAGUGGAUAAUCCGACUGAGAGGAUCACGCGAGCCACAGUUGCAGACCGAGGGAUGGAUCCAGGGCAUCAGAGCCCUGAGGGCUGGGCCGGCAGGGUGGGUUCCUCUUUUCUGGCUCAGGCGUGGAUAGGGCAGCCCUGCAUGCGCCGCCACCGAGGAAGGCCCCCGGCGCAGAUUCCGGCUGUUUGUGUCGGCGCCGCGAACACAGUCCCAGCCGAUGGGUCGGGACACACGCUCGCGCUCGCGGUCUGCGGGUCGUAGGGGCAGAAGGCGUCGGAGCCAGAGCGGUAGUCGGAGCCGGAGCCGGAGCCGGAGCCGGAGCGGGAGCCAUGGGCGGCGAGACCGGCGACGCCGAGAGGACGAGCGGCGGCGCAGACGGAGGCGGCGGAGCCGAGACCGCAGGUCAGAUUCAGGGGACGAACCAUGGCAGCGGCCAGGGAGGCGCAGCCGGAGCCCCCAGCCGCCACGAUGGCGCUCGAGGGACCGGUCCUCUCAAUCCGACUCAGGUGAAGAGCAGCGGGGCUCAUGGGCUCGCCACCGGCGCACGCGCUCUUGGUCCCCAGGCUCCUCAGGGUCCAGCUCCGCGUCCUCGGGGCGCUGCCAGAGCCCCCGGGCUGCAGCGGCCGCCUUGAGCCACCAGCAGAGCUUGCAGGAGCGGCUGCGGCUGCGCGAGGAGCGGAAGCAGCAGGAGGAGCUGAUGAAGGCGUUUGAGACGCCCGAGGAGAAGCGCGCCCGGCGACUCGCCAAGAAGGAGGCCAAAGAGCGGAAGAAGCGGGAGAAGAUGGGCUGGGGCGAGGAGUACAUGGGCUACACCAACACCGACAACCCCUUCGGAGACAACAACCUCCUGGGCACCUUCAUCUGGAGCAAGGCCCUGGAGAAGAAGGGGAUCGGCCACCUGGAGGAGAAGGAGCUGAAAGAGCGCAACAAGAGGAUCCAGGAAGAUAACCGGCUGGAGCUGCAGAAGGUGAAGCAGCUGCGGCUGGAGCGGGAGCGGGAGAAGGCCAUGCGGGAGCAGGAGCUGGAGAUGCUGCAGCGGGAGAAGGAGGCCGAGCACUUCAAGACGUGGGAGGAGCAAGAGGACAACUUCCACCUCCAGCAGGCCAAGCUGCGCUCCAAGAUCCGCAUCCGGGACGGGCGGGCCAAGCCCAUCGACCUGCUGGCCAAGUACAUCAGCGCGGAGGACGACGACCUGGCCGUGGAGAUGCACGAGCCCUACACCUUCCUCAACGGCCUCACCGUGGCCGACAUGGAGGACCUGCUGGAGGACAUCCAGGUGUACAUGGAGCUGGAGCAGGGCAAGAACGCGGACUUCUGGCGGGACAUGACCACCAUCACCGAGGACGAGAUCGCCAAGCUCCGCAAGCUGGAGGCCUCGGGCAAGGGCCCAGGCGAGCGCCGCGAGGGGGUCAACGCCUCGGUCAGCUCCGACGUGCAGUCGGUGUUCAAGGGGAAGACCUACAACCAGCUGCAGGUCAUCUUCCAGGGCAUCGAGGGCAAGAUCCGCGCCGGCGGCCCCAACCUGGACAUGGGCUACUGGGAGAGCCUGCUGCAGCAGCUGCGCGCGCACAUGGCCAGGGCCAGGCUCCGGGAGCGCCACCAGGACGUGCUGCGGCAGAAGCUGUACAAGCUGAAGCAGGAGCAGGGCGUGGAGAGCGAGCCGCUGUUCCCCAUCCUGAAGCAGGAGCCCCAGUCCCCCAGCCCCAGCCUGGGGCCUGAGGACACGGCCCCCACCCCGCCAGGGCCCUCCUUGGAGGGCGGCCCCGCGGAGCCGGAGGCGGACGGGGCGGCGCCAGCGGAGGCCGAGGCGGAGGGCGAAGGUGAGGGCGAGGGCGAGGCGGUGCUCAUGGAGGAGGACCUGAUCCAGCAGAGCCUGGACGACUACGACGCGGGCAAAUACAGCCCGCGCCUGCUCACGGCGCACGAGCUGCCACUGGACGCGCACGUGCUGGAGCCAGACGAGGACCUGCAGCGUCUGCAGCUGUCGCGCCAGCAGCUCCAGGUCACAGGCGACGCCAGCGAGAGCGCAGAGGACAUCUUCUUCCGGCGCGCCAAGGAGGGCAUGGGCCAGGACGAGGCGCAGUUCAGCGUGGAGAUGCCGCUGACCGGCAAGGCCUACCUGUGGGCCGACAAGUACCGGCCGCGCAAGCCGCGCUUCUUCAACCGCGUGCACACGGGCUUCGAGUGGAACAAGUACAACCAGACGCACUACGACUUCGACAACCCGCCGCCCAAGAUCGUGCAGGGCUACAAGUUCAACAUCUUCUACCCCGACCUCAUCGACAAGCGCUCCACGCCCGAGUACUUCCUGGAGACCUGCUCCGACAACAAGGACUUCGCCAUCCUGCGCUUCCACGCGGGGCCGCCCUACGAGGACAUUGCCUUCAAGAUCGUCAACCGCGAGUGGGAGUACUCGCACCGCCACGGCUUCCGCUGCCAGUUCGCCAACGGCAUCUUCCAGCUCUGGUUCCACUUCAAGCGCUACCGCUACCGGCGGUAAAGCCGUGGGGGACAGCAGGCGGUGCCCUCAGGGUCGCCGGUCCAGGGGCUGGUGAAGGGGCGGGCACUCCAGGGCCCGCAUGGGCUGCAG